CAACGACCAACGAUUACAGCGACUAUAUAAACGCCGUCGUCUUGGUGUCAAAUUUUUUCUGCAGUUCCCUCUGACAGUCAGCAAUCUCCAGCUGCAUUAUCCUUUUGAGCUUUUAAGCUCGUCUAUGAUCUUCACCCAGAACACACGCGACGACUAUCUCGGCGACCUCGUCUUCUCCCUCAUCGGAUUUUGAUCAUGUUGAUGCGAUCCAUUAUUCGUGUACCAACCACUCUCUCCAGGGGCUUUGCCACACACACAGGGCCCCUCUCAGCUUUACCAGCAGUCUUACAUCUCAAAACCGGCCAGUCCUUCCAUGGCCGUUCAUUUGGCUCUCCCAGGAGCGUCUUCGGCGAGACUGUCUUCUCAACAUCCAUCACGUCAUACACCGAGUCCAUGACUGACCCUUCUUACCGUGGUCAAAUUCUCGUAUUUACCACACCCCUCAUCGGCAACUACGGUAUUCCGUCCAACAAAGCACCAAUUAACUCUCAGGACGUUGGUGUGGUCCUGGAAUCCGAGGGCAUCCAAUGCAGUGCUAUUGUGGUAGCUGAUGUCGCAGAAAAGUUUUCUCAUCAUUCCGCGGUGGAAUCAUUGGCAUCAUGGUGUCGCCGCUCAAAUGUUCCCGCUAUCACCGGCGUAGACACACGUGCAAUUACACGCCUUCUUCGUGAUCAAGGAACCACCCUCGGCCGCCUUGCUAUUGGUGCUGAUGCUUCCGCUCCUGCUCCUGCCUCCGAGCAAUAUUGGGACCCUUCCAUUGAGAAUCUUGUCGACCAGGUUUCAACAAAGCAUCCUUACCAGCUUAACCCUACUGGCGAUAUCAAGAUCGCAGUUCUAGACUUCGGUGUCAAGGCCAAUAUCCUGCGUUCCCUUGUUCGCCGGAAUGCCGCAGUCACAGUACUGCCAUGGAACUACGAUUUUAACUCCGUUCGCAACAAAUUCGAUGGUCUAUUUCUGACCAAUGGCCCCGGAAACCCGGGCCAAUGCAUGGAAGCAGUUUCGAUACUUCGCAAGACACUUCAGGAAUGGGACAAGCCAGUGUUUGGCAUCUGUAUGGGACAUCAGAUUAUUGGUAUGGCUGCCGGCCUCGAGGCAUACCGCAUGACGUUCGGCAAUCGUGGACACAACCAGCCUGUCCUCGCUCUCGCAUCUGCACGUUCAAUUAAAGCUGGAAGGGUUUAUGUCACCAGUCAAAACCACCAGUAUGCUCUCAAGCUGUCCGACCCCUUCCCGCAAGGCUGGGAACCAUAUUUCAUCAACUGCAACGACUCUUCCGUCGAGGGCAUCAGGUCCACCCCUGAGUCUGGCAAGAGGGUGUGGGGUGUUCAGUUCCAUCCCGAGAGUGCAGGUGGUCCCCUCGACACAAUUGAGAUGUUCACCGACUUCCUUGAUGAAUGCCGUGUGUACAAAGCAGAGAAUAUUCAAGCGCCUGUGGAUAAUACCAUAGACGCUGCGACUUUCAUGGCGGAACAGCCUGCCCGUGUCGCAGUUGCUGCUUGAAAUAUUUCUAACCGUUCUCAUCAUAUCCAUGAAUAAAUGUGUACGAUACUAGAGUAGUUUCUUCCGGUGAUUGAUGGACUUUUUUUGUUGUACUUGUCUCAAAAAUGUACCUCUUUGUGGCUUGAAAACUUGCCUAUUCGGGCGUUCGUGGAUC